AUGUUCUUCACAACGCGUCGAAGAAUUUUGGACGGUCUGAACAGGCGGUACAUCUACGGUCGUUUCCCUUUACUUCAUUGCAUUAUCUUCUUCAUCGAGAUGGUAGCGACCACACGGCUGGCCGCCAAGUUCAACUCCUACUAUGCCGAAAAGCCGGUGUUGACCACCAUGGUCACCAAUGCGAUCUUGGGCGGGGUCGCAGAUACCGUUGCGCAACUGAUCACAGCCUACAGAGCUCGUCCCGGACGCAGACAUGCCGACGAUGAUGAUCUCGUUUCGAUCGAGUUCCGCGACCUUGACAAGAAACACAACCCGCCGGCGUUUGGGGAGUUGGGCCAUACGACGCACCCCCCGUUCGAUUUUGAGCGGCUGACCCGGUUCAUGUCGUAUGGUUUCUUCAUGGCGCCUCUCCAAUUCCAGUGGUUUGGCUUCUUGUCCCGGGCGUUCCCCCUCACCAAGGUCAACCCGAGUCUUUCGGCAUUGAAGCGGGUGGCUUGCGACCAGUUGAUCUUCGCUCCCUUCGGUCUGGGGUGCUUCUUCACCUUCAUGACGGUGGCUGAGGGUGGUGGGCGCAGGGCCUUGACUCGCAAGUUUCAGGAUGUCUACCUGCCUACCCUCAAAGCCAAUUUCGUUCUCUGGCCUGCCGUGCAGAUUCUGAAUUUCCGGGUCGUUCCCAUCCAGUUCCAGAUUCCGUUCGUGUCGACCAUCGGUAUCGCGUGGACUGCAUAUCUGUCUUUGACCAACUCCGCCGAGGAGGAAUAAACCACCCCUCAGCGCUUGUGUCCCUAUCACAUUCGUUUUUGGUUGUCUUUCCGGUGGUAGUUCAGGUUAGCGUCUUUCUCCCAUUUCUUCUGGUGUGCUUUGGUGCUUUGUAUCGGCGUCAUAUGGGUUCGGGUUGUUGUUGGUGUUACUCUCGCUUGUGUAUAAGAUUUAUACGCUCUUUGAUAAUCUUUCGGAGGGACAGGGGGCGUUGAAUGCUGUGUUAUGAUAAAAAUCCGUAUUCUAGGUGCAGGUGUCGGAAGCUGUUUAAUUGCAAAUACACGAGCUGGUGAACUAUACAGAGUCUACUGAAACGGACGGAGCUCUCUUUCGUCCACGAAAACCAACGUGGGUCUCUACGAGCAACGGUCCACAGGAGAUUCGGAGCGGCAGGGACUCAAGGAAGUGAAUAACCCCCUAUGUCCGGGGUCAAUACAAAGAAAAUAAAUCGCCGAUCGCCUGCAUUCGAUCCGAGGCUAUCGAG